AUGCUGGAAUAUUUCGCAUUCAGAAAGUUCAAGAGCAAUCGCGACAAGAAGGUCGAGGAGCGUGCCGCCGCUGCGAAGGCUGCCGCUGAGGCUCAGGGUGACACCGAGCCCAAGUCGCCCAUUCUGAACGCAGAGGAGGAAGCCUUUCUGGAGAGGAUCACUUCACAAGCUGGCGACGACGAGGAAGAGAUCCCGCCGCCGCUGCCCGCGCGACCGAAAGCUGCCACAGCUCCCAUCCUUCUCGAGCACGAUCUUGCCGCCGCCCCGGCCCAAACAAAGGGUAAAGAUGCGCAGACGGCGCUGAUGGACGGUGCAGAUCAGAUCCCUCUACCGAAAUCUCCACCCGUCACCACGCCCGAUGACAGGGAGGAUAAGAAGAGGAAGAACUAUUGGGCAUGGGUGCCUGAUAUCCCCAGGCGCGCAAAGAGCAUGCGCCAGACCAAAGCCGACACCACCCAAGCCGCCGACACGUUAGCUGCCGCCGCCGAAACGGUCAAGAAGGGUGAAGGUGUCGAGCUCAAUGCAGACGGAACCAUCAACCUCGAGGCCGAGGCCGCCAAGGAGAAACAGGACUUGGCCGAAGUGCUGGACCAACUCAACCUGGCUGCCGUCAACAACCGCGUCUUCAGCUUCAGCAAGGAGUCGCAGGACCUGAUGGAGAAGUUCAAGCAGGUGCUCAAGGACCUGGUCAAUGGCGCCCCUCAUGCCUACAACGACCUCGAGCGCCUACUCAAGGACUCUGAGAAACAGCUCGACAAGAUGUACGGCUCACUGCCGCCCUUCCUACAGAACCUCAUCAAGCAGCUGCCCACCAAGGUCACGGCAGCCUUGGCCCCGGAGCUCAUGGCUGCCGCGGCUGAGAAGCCCGACGAUCAUUUGAACGCCGCGAGCGCGAGCGCGAAGCAGCAGAAGAAGAGUCAGAAGUAUGCCAAGCAGGGCUACAAGUAUGCGAAGAAGUACCCGCCGUUGAAGAAGCUCGUCUCGGAACAGGGCGCCAUCGCUGCCAUGCUGCGCGCCAUCCUCAACUUCCUGAAGCUCCGCUUCCCGGCCGUGGUAACGGGAACGAAUGUCUUGAUGAGCUUGGCUGUGUUCAUUCUCCUCUUCGUCUUCUGGUACUGCCACAAGCGCGGCCGCGAGGUCCGCCUCGAGCGCGAGGCCGCCAGCGCCCAGUCCUCGCAGUCCGACCUCAGUAACGAGCCCAAGAUCGUGCUCGUCCCUGGCACCAAGCCGCCGGGAUCCGGUAACGACGGUACCGGACCAUCAGACUCCAUGAGUUCGAGUCGCGGCCCUCCCGGUGGCCAGGAGCCGCCCAUAACGAUUCACGACGAGAUUGUCUACGACGAUUCGAGAGUGAUCGAUUUGCCAUCGGUGCUGGACCUGCCCGAUCCGAAGACGGUGCCGUUGCCGGAGGGUGCGGAUGAAGGAUUGAAUGGCGGUGGAGAGGGGAAGGGAAAGGGGAAGGAGGUGUAG